AUGGUAUCCAGCUUACCGACAGAGAUAUGGACCCAAAUCCUGACUGCGGCUAUACAUGUCCCCCUCUUCUUCGAGACGGAUCCGUUGAAGAUUUACCUGCCUGAUUUCUAUCACCAGUAUCAUUGGCAAAGUGACUAUUGGGCCUCGGAACGCACACGCAACACGCUACGCCGGGUCUGCGCCUUUUGGAACUCGAUCCUCGCUCCAUACGACAACCGCUUCAUUCAAUUUCAGGAUGUAUGCUCAGGCAGGAUCCCAAUCACUGCGCUGCCAAAGGCUUAUCGAAUCGACAUCGGCGCCUCCGAUAAACAAUGUGAUUGCAGACGAUGUUCACUCAAAUCCUCUCCCUCUGUAUCAGCCAUUGAGAUCCAGCAAGUUGUCGAACAAACUCGCACACUUCUAGCUAAUACAUCUCGCUGGAACCUUCAAAUUCUCAUGGAGAGAUUUGGGAGUAUUCCAUUUUGCGAGUUCGUCUUUCCCCUCGCACCACGUUUAGCCAUCUUUAUAUGGCUCAAAGCAGUCGACCUCCAGGUCAACCUUCCACAUUCUCUCCAACUUUUCCGAACCUGGGUACCGUCGCGCGAUGCUCCUUAUCAAGGUCGCUUCGACCAUGUUUCUAUGCUCAGUCUCCAUACAAACAUGUCGUCCUAUGGCCUUGACCAAUUCGACUUUCCACAUCUUCGUCAUCUCGCUAUCCGCCAGGCGACUCCUUCACUCGGCUGGAUAUAUCCGGUCUUGGAGAGGUGGGGAAAAGAAUUGAUCACAUUCAAGCUACGCGCGUUUGAACGAAAGGUACCGAUUCCUUCAAAAGUCUGGAAUCUCCUUCCCAAAGUGGAAUCCAUGCUCCUUCCAUAUAUGUGGGGCAUGGAGCCUCCCAUUCACCCCAGUCUCAAAGUCGUCAGGUUAUCAGAAUCGCCUCCUGUCAUGGAGCUUUUGCCUGGAGUGUCAAACCUUUCCUCGGGAGCGAAUACCGCCCGAUGGUCGCUUGACGGUCACGACUGGUCGGGACCGCGAAUCCAGCUCGACAAAACCUGGUCAUACAUCUUCCUCGUGAGCCCGUGGAUCUCCGACUCUGUCCGCAUGCACGACGUAUACCUUGACUUUGGGUAUUCGCUCCUUGAUGCAGCAGGCAUACAACUCUAUGACCAUCUAUUGUUCAUGAUUCGUACCUACUGGAAGCGAGGGGCAGCAAGGUCGCGCAGACAGUGCAUGAAUGGGCGGAUUUAUACUUGCCUCUGUUGA